CCUAUAUCUCUCUCUUCUCCCUCAACCUAACUUGGUGCACAUUUGCAUCUGCACCUGCAACCCUCGCCAACACUGCCGGUGCAGUGUGUACCUCCUCCUCCCCAGCGCAGCACACAUAUACCGAAUUUGAUAUAAUAUCUUCAAGAAAACCAAAAAAGAAAAUGUAUCCACCCGCGCCAUACUAUGCUCCACCUCCACCAGCGUAUUACGCACCGCCACUAAUGCCGCCACCUCCAAAGCGGUACUCUCCGUGGCUGGUGCCGCUUAUCUUUUUGGUGAAUCUCGGGUUGUUCAUAUGGAUCAUGUAUGAGAAUAAUUGCCCGUCUAGAAUUUCAAAGGAUCAAUGCAUGUUAGGCCAGUAUUUGGAUAGGUUCUCUUUCCAACCCUGGAAAGAUAACCGCAUGGUUGGUCCUACCCCUGAAACACUUCAAAGACUAGGAGGCCUUGAUAGAAAACUAGUUGUGGAUGGUGAACCAUGGCGCCUUUUGUCCUCCAUGUGGCUACAUGCCGGGCUGAUUCAUCUGUUUGCCAACAUGCUCAGCCUUGAUUUUGUAGGACUUCGGCUUGAGCGGGACUUUGGAUUUCACAGAUUCGUAUUCGUGUAUGUGCUAGCUGGGUUAGGUGGAAAUUUAGCGUCUUGCCUUAAUAUUAUCAAACACGACUGGUCAAGCAAGACUAUAUCAGUUGGCGCAUCUGGGGCAAUUUUUGGAUUGUUGGGAGCUUCCCUUUCUGAGCUCAUCACAAACUGGACAGUCUAUGACGAUAAGUGCUCAACAAUCAUGAUACUCAUCCUCAAUGCUGCCCUCAACUUGGCUAUUGGGUUUCUACUUAAGAUGGACAACUCAGGUCAUGUAGGAGGACUCGUCACCGGAUUUUUCCUCGGUUUUGUUCUUUUUGUGAAGCCUCAGUUUGGAUAUGUAAGCAGCAAGUACAUUCCAUCAUACCAUCAAGUCAAACGUACAGCAAGGCACAACUUCUGUCAAUAUUUUCUAGGGCUCCUUGCUUUGGUCGUGUUGGUUAUUCUGUAUGGAGUUGGCUUUGGUAAGCUAUUCAACAUAAAGGAGAUUAAAGAGCAUCUGCCUGACAGCGUCAAAAACUAUUGAGCUUGUAUAGGUUUUGGGUAAUGAACAAACCAUAGUUUCUUGACGGUUCAACUGCAUGUUCUUGAAGAAUUGCAAGUAUAACACAACAAAAUAUAUACUUGCUUAUGAACGCAAAUCAUAUGUAUGAACCGCAUGCAUAUGUAUCGUUGAUGUAUAUAAAUACCUGCCAAUGUUCAUAUGUAAGUGUACAUGAGAGAGAUGAUUGUGGGGAUUUAAGAGAGGUCAGUAUUUUGUGGAUUGUGAGAGAGAUGCUCAGAUGAGUAUUUCAUAAUUUUAGUAAUCACAACAAUUAUUUAGCGAUCUUC